AUGUCGGCCUCGGCCCAGAACGAAUUCGAUGCUCUGCUCGACCUCUCCGAGUAUGAUGCAAACUACCAGUCUCCCUCACUCUCGCCCAACAUGAGCACCAAGCCUGGCUUUGCCAGCCCCAUCUCCGACAUGACCCCCCCGCCCGUCCCGUCGACCACAACGCAGGCCAUGAACGGUCCCAGUCACAACUACGACAUGUACCGCCAGCAGACCGGCUUCGUCCCGGGCGCCCUCGCCAACACCAUGGCCGUGAACCAGACCAACAAUACUGGCUACCAGGACUUUGGCAGCCUCGACUACCUCACCAGCUUCUCUCCCGAGAACGACGUUUUUGACUUCAACACAUCGCCCUCCCAAGCCACUCUCGCCGCCUCUGAGCUCGACAUGGACUUUGACGCCUCGAACACGAAUCAGUUCUUCACCGUCAACCCUAGCAGCAUUGAGCAGCCCCAGCAGCAAGCCUCCGCCAACAGCUCGCCCGGCCGUCUCUGGCCCGGUGCCCACACCCAGGCCGCUGCCGUCGCCAAGGCCCAGGCUCACCAACGCCACAUGAUGCAACAGUCCCAGAGUCAAAAGGCUCGCGGCAAGGCUCCCCAGGCUACCGACCCGAUCGUUGAGCAGAAGAUUACCCAGCUACUCAACAACAUGCGUGCCAAGCCUGCCUCUGCCUCGGGCGACUCGCAGUCUGGUUCCUCGAGCAUGCCUCGCACUAAGAAGUCCGAGGAGGACAUGGACGAGGACGAGCGUCUCCUCGCUAGUGAGGAGGGAAAGAAGCUCAGCUCCAAGGAGCGUCGACAGCUGCGCAACAAGGUCUCGGCCCGUGCUUUCCGCUCCCGCAGAAAGGAGUACAUCACUCAGCUCGAGAGCGAGCGUGACAACAAGGAAGACGAGGUCACCCGCCUCCGCCAGAGCAACCGUGCCCUGAUGGAGGAGAACAAGCGUCUGUCUGACCUCACCCGCAUGCUUCUCUCUUCGCCCAGCUUCUCCAACUUCCUCGAUCACCUUAGCACCAACUCUGCCGCCAUUCCCCAGGCCCCCAUCAAGGUCGAGGCCCAGCCCGAGCAAGAGCAGGCUCAGAUUCCCAAGGAUACCAACCCCUACGGCAACCAGUCCCAGCAGCAGAUCGGCAUGGCGAUGAUCCCUGAGCAGAGCAUGGACUACUCGAUGCUGGCCCUCGAUGGGUACAACUUCCAGCCUACCGUCUUUGUCGUGGAUACUCCCGAGAUCCCUGCUCCCAUUGACGCUGGUGUCCUUGCUGGCAAGACUUCCAACUUUGUCGAGUCCUUUUCUGAGGAGGAGAAGGUUGAUGCCCCGGUCAUCGAGCGCCCCGUCAAGCGUGAGACUGUCGAGCCCGCUGAAGCCGCCGUCGUCAACGAGGAGUUCGAGUCUGACCCUGACUACGCUCUUUUCCAUGCCCAGCCGUCUACCCCUGCCAACGAAUCGUCUGUUUCAUCUGAAAGCCUCUCUCACAUUGAUGUCUUUGGCGGCAUCGAGGCUGAGAAGGUCCUGUCCCGCUAUGAACUUGUUGAUGUCACGGAAGUAGAGCGCUCUUCUGCCUAUGCCAUGGCUCGUGUCCAGCACAUCGCCGCUAGUGCCGAGUCGGUGAUGGCCAGAUUAGAACUCCUCACCCGGGAGUUGUAA